GCGAAACGCUCGUUUCUCAACGCGCAAACCCGAAUAGCUAUGCUGUCCAACAAAGCGUGGUGGUCGUACCAGCAGAAUGAGCGUAGGACAGCGCUUAGACAGAGCAAAAGGGCGUUGACAAACAUCCUUAUGGUAACUCGAUUGGUGGAUGCAGCCAUCAUGUAGUUGGACAUUGACAGAUGGGCGGUGAGCAUGUUGGGGUCACUGUCAUUUAUAAACGUUAGUACGUGCGUUGUUUCACCCGCUCCUUGCUUUUGAAUUCUCCCCCGAACACUUCCAGAUUCACUCUGCAUAAUGCCUUUCGAUUCUCUUGUGGUCAAUCAAUCCGACGCCAAGCUAUCUUAUAUAGAUAGUGGUGCACCUUCAAUGCAAUCACCCUACACCACUAUCUUCGCUUUUCAUGGCUUGGGCUAUACACACGCGAUAUUUCAGAAAGUGUUAUCCAUUGCUGUUGAUAAAGGCAUCCGCUUUGUGGCUAUCAGUCGUCGCUCCUACCCUGGAUCCACACCUUUUACGGCCGAUGAGCUUGAUGUUAUACUGAACGGCAGCAACGAGCAAAAGAGCGCGUGGAUGGAGGCUCGCGGCCAUGAGACUGCCACCUUCAUCAACGCUUUCAUUGAGAAUCACAACCUGCCUGCCAUCUCCGAUGACGGCAAUUCAGGCGGCGUUGUUAUCCUCGGUUGGUCACUCGGCUCCUACGUAUGCACCACUGCCUUGUCCAAUGCCGACACACUUCCUGUUGAUAUACGCCAACGUCUCGGACGCUACAUCCGGGCGCUCAUCCUACAGGAACCAGUCCCUCUGGCAUUCGGAUUCCCCAUGCCUGCGAGGGACUGGACACCUAUGGCAGAUAACAAUAUCCCUGUCGAGGAUCGUUAUCCCUUAUGGAGACAGUGGAUGACCUCAUAUUUCGAACACGGAGACCUCUCAAAGCGCAAUAUUGACCUCCUUUCCUAUAUCGUUCCAUCUACAGUCCGUGUGCCUACGAUCUUCAACAUGUCUAAAGCCCAAUUCAAUGAUAUCGUGUAC